AUGGAGCAGGCCUUCGAGAUGGAAAAGGACGCCAUACGCGCCACCAUGUAUACGCACGACCAGAAUUAUCAGAACCCCAACGCCCGCCUCGCAGAGAUCGAGCACGGCACCGCCGCCACCAUCUCUCAUGCUGUCCAAGAGGCCGACGACGCUCGGAUUGCAAGCGCCACGCAGCAGCUGGAGUCCAUCGCUGAGCUCACAAGAGUACCCCUACUCAUCUUUAGGACCGAAGUACGAAAGCAGCCCUUCGCUACGCUCGUUUCCCUGAAGCUCGCGAAGCAGGACGUCGUUGGGCUGCGCGAGGCCCUGAGCACCAGGCUGCCCCGCCGCGGCGUCAGUCCCUCGUCUGCGGCUGCGGCGCCUCCACCCUGCGGCGAGGGCUUGGCCCUCGGCGACAUGUACAAGGUUGGGUGCACUGGCAGCAGGCCCACCACGGCCGACACGGUCAAGGCGCUCACCAGGGUGGACCCGUCGAGCCUGUUCGGCGCCCUCAACCUCCAGGAGCGGAGCCCCCCGCGGAUGGACCACGGCAUGCGUGCCCGGUCUGAGAAGGACCUCGGCUGCAGGUCCCCGAGCACCUGCUGCAGGCCCGAGCGGCCGGGCGUGGAGGGCGGCGGGAGCACGAUGGCCUCGGCCGAGGUGUCGCGGGACCUUGCCGACGUGAGCCCCAUCGAGGCGUGGAGGGUGGACCCCCGCUGA